AUGGACCGCCAAGCAAAAGAAGGUGGUAGACUCAACAGGUCGACUGUACCUGGUGGCAGUGAUGUUUUAGGUCCUACAUCAAAUAUUAAUGCUGAGAAAAGAUUGGCUUUAGUAGAGUGGUUAAAUAGUAUUCUUCCCAACUUAAAUUUAUCAGUAAAUGCUUCAGACGAGGAAUUGAGAGCUUCGUUGAUUGAUGGUACUGUUUUGUGUCAGCUUUUGAAUAGGCUGAAACCGGGGAUUGUGCCUGAGUGUGGUGAUUCUGUUCGUACUUCAGUGUCAUGCUCAGAAAAUGUUAAGAGGUUUCUGGGAGCAAUGGCAGAAAUGGGGUUGCCCAGAUUUCAAAUAUCAGACCUAGAAAAGGGAUCAAUGAAAAUUGUUGUGGAGUGCCUUUUAACAACUAGAGCACAAUUUAUGAUAAAUGUUGGGGAAAAUGGUCUUCCAAACAUUAGUUCAUCCAAUAACUCUGGAGGUGAUGCUAGUAUGAGAUGGAAAUGCUUAGUAGAUCAUACUGGAAGUGGCGAUGGUUCUCAAUGGGGAGAAUCUUCUCGAUCACAUCUUUCUCCAUUAUGCGGAGAAGUGAGGCCAAAGGGGGUCUCAGAUUCUAAAUUUCAACGUGCUUUGCGUAGUCCUGUAAUGGCAGAGCCAUCUGCUGCAUUAUUACAUCAUGUUGGACAUAAGUUUCAUGAAGUUUUUCAACUGAAACAAGGAUUUUAUGCGGAUCUUCCAGCUGCAAAGAUUACAGAAAUGAUGAAAUCGAAUAGUUUGGAUAAUGCUCCGACUCAGUCACUAUUAAGUGUGGUGAAUGGAAUUAUAGAUGAAAGCAUCGAAAGGAAGAUUGGGGAAAUACCUCAUCGUGUGGCAUGCCUUCUGAGAAAAGUUGUUCAGGAGAUUGAGUGGCGUAUAUCUACACAAGCGGAACACUUAAGAACUCAAAACAAUAUUUUCAAGGCUCGUGAAGAGAAAUACCAAUCAAGAAUAAAAGUACUGGAAGCCCUUGCCACUGGGACUAGUGAAGAGACAAAGAAUGUCAUGAACCAGCUUCAGCAGAUGAAGGUAUAA